AUGCGGGCGCCCGUGGUCUCGAAGGCCGCCGCCCCGCCAGGCCGCGCCUGCCGCGCGGGGAGCUCGGGCCGCCUCCGCCGACGCGGCUCCGUCGGUCACUACGCGGCCUGCCCCGCAGCGGCUGUGCUCCCGCAGGCCCAGGACGUCUAUGUGUCCAUCGUGGACAUGGUAGCGACAGUGAAGAACACGAUGUUCCAUAAGUUCGUGCAUCCACCCACAAGAAUGAGACCAGGCGAGCCCCAAUCGAGUCUCCGCAAGCACCUCUUCACUAUAGCAGACCACGGCGGCAAGACAAACAACACGUAG